UCCGGCUCGAGGCCUCGGAAGCCUCGCGCACCCCGGUGCGCCGUCCCCAGAGCCAGUCCUCGCCGGGCCAGCAGCAGGAUGUGCGCGGCGCCGCGCCCCGGGCUCUGAGACAGCCUCUGACACCUUCGCAUUCAUUGCCUUCCUCGGGGCUUCUCGGCUGUUACUACAUCGAUGUGACCCCCUCCCUUUGGGGAAUGAUGGGGAUCUUUUUGGCGUCUGUUGGAUUUGUUUUCUUUUCUGUUUUAUAUGUGCAACAAGGGCUUUCUUCUCAAGCAAAAUUUACCGAGUUUCCGCGGAACGUGACGGCGACCGAGGGGCAGAAUGUGGAGAUGUCCUGCGCCUUCCAGAGCGGCUCCGCUUCGGUGUACCUGGAAAUCCAGUGGUGGUUCCUGCGGGGACCCGAGGACCUGGAGCCCGGGGCCGAGGUGGCUGGCGCGCAGGUGGAGCUCUUACCCGACAGAGACCCGGACAACGACGGGACCAAGAUCAGCACAGUGAAAGUCCAAGGCAAUGACAUCUCCCACAAGCUUCAGAUUUCCAAAGUGAGGAAAAAGGAUGAAGGCUUGUACGAGUGCAGGGUGACAGACGCCAAUUAUGGCGAGCUGCAAGAGCACAAGGCCCAGGCCUACCUGAAGGUCAACGCCAACAGCCACGCGCGGAGGAUGCAGGCCUUGAUUAAAUUUUCCUUUCUUAUCUCAAAUGACGUCAUGGUCCUUGGGAUUUCAGGAAGCUACCAUGGGAACAGCUUCCUGGAGAGUUAUUACGCCACCUCCAGCCCGCGGGCGGCCGCCGAAGUCCCCAGACAGAGUCCACACUCAGCAAAGAGCAAAUCGCCUGUAAAAUCUACGGAGCGGACAGCAAAGUUGACCCUAAACUCCAAGCACCACUCUGCACCCACUGUACUCUAGUUACCUACACAAGGAGCUCCUGCUUCCAGAAGCAUAAACGAAGAGGCUGUCACACGCUUAGUUGAUAACAUUUUCUUUGGCAAAUCACUGAUCUUUUAUUUCAAGAGAAUUAGUGUGAAGUGAUAGGACAUUUUCUAAUAGCAAGAUCUAUUUUUUUUUUCUUCCUUUUCUUUUGGCAACUAAAACCAUCUCACUGACUGCUCAGGGGUUGGCCUGGCUGUCAUCAGCAUAGUAAAUAUUUACUAUGGCUACCACGGAUUUCCUACUAAAGGACCCAUUAUCUGGAGGAAGCAAACGGAGACCAAAAGGCUAUAGAACAUAAACUAUCAUCAGACAAUACCCCUGUUUGGGGACAAGGACAAAAUUGUCAACAUUGCGAGUCAACAGGAGAACGUUAUAUUGAACAAGGAAUAAUAAAACAAAUAUUUUUUUUAAAUUUUCCCCUUUUUUCUUGGACUUUUUCCUUUUUUUCUUGAUUACAGUUCUUGUUCAGUGGUGACAAGUGCUGAUUAUG